AUGUUCAAAGUUGGAGUUAUCGUGGUUUCGGAUAGCUGCUAUAAGGAUCGUUCUCUUGAUAAGGUCAUUCCAUGUUUGGAGAAAUUCUUUAAGGACCAUACAGAUUACUCCAUAGCAAAGGCAGCCAUCAUCCCCGAUAGCGUGGACGACAUCCAGUACAUUGUGUCAAAAUGGAGUGAGGAAUCUGAAGAUUUGCGCCUGAUUCUUACUUCCGGUGGCACAGGAUUCACUGUCCGGGAUAAUACUCCCGAGGCUGUGAAACCGUUGAUCCAGAGAGAGGCUCCUGGAAUCGUGCAUGCGAUGCUGUCGGAGUCCUUCAAGAUCACGAGGUUUGCUAUGAUGGCAAGACCUGUUGCUGGCGUUCGGAAAAAAAGUUUGAUAAUUACGCUUCCCGGUUCUCCGAAGGCUGUUUUAGAAAAUCUCGGGUCGGUUUUCCCCACAAUAUCCCAUGCCUUGACGCAGAUCGAGAACGUUGACUCAAGAGCAUUGCACCGCAAGAUGGCACGUACCUUGGAUGAGGCCGCCCCUGGAGGAAAGCUUACAUCAGAACAUGAUCAUCAUCAUAAUCAUCAUGAUCACGAGAAACCAGACUCAAGAGGACGUGUGGGCUGUGGAAUUGCAAAGCACAAGAUGGUGUCCAACGAUCUGGAUGCUCCUGUAACUCAAAGAGCUCGUGAAUCGCCUUUCCCCAUGGUCUCUGUGGAAGAGUCAUACAAGUUGAUUUCCCAGCAUACUCCGGAAUCUGAAGCCAUCACCAUGAAUGUCCAGGAUGACCUAUUCGUUGGAAGCGUCGUCGCAGAAGACGUCUUAGCACCGGUUUCCGUGCCCAACUUCCGGGCCAGUAUUGUUGACGGAUACGCCGUUGUGAGUUCUGAUGGCCCUGGAAAGUAUCCGGUGGUUUCCAUCUCUCAUGCCUCUGGUUCCAAUAAGCCCAAAGUGUUGGCGUCAGGCCAGAUUGCCAGAGUCACUACAGGUGCUCCCGUUCCAGAAGGAGCAGACGCAGUGGUGAUGGUUGAGGAGACAAGGUUGGUGUCCAAGACAGACGAUGGUUCAGAGGAAAAAGAAGUUGAGAUUUUGGCUACGGGUGUCACUCCAGCUGAUAAUGUGAGGGCAGUGGGAUCUGAUUUAAAGGAAGGUUCCCUAAUACUCGCCAAAGGUACUGUGAUUGGAAAAUCUGGCGGUGAAGUGGGAAUCCUUGCGAGUGUCGGCAUUAGUAAAAUCAAGGUUUAUCGCAAGCCAAAACUUGGUGUUCUCUCUACUGGUGACGAACUUGUGGAUCUACAGAAGAAGACAGGAGAGUUGUCUUAUGGCCAAAUCUACGAUAGCAACAGGCCCACGUUGCUCUCUACUAUACGACAGACGGGUUUUGAGGUUGUUGAUCUGGGAAUUGCUUUGGAUUCGCAGGAGACUCUGGCAAGUCAGCUAGCCAAGGCUCUGGAUUCGGAUAUUGAUUAUCUAAUCACCACGGGAGGGGUUUCAAUGGGAGAGCUUGACUUGUUGAAACCCACGAUUGAACGAGUCUUGAAUGGAACCAUUCAUUUUGGCCGUGUUAAGAUGAAGCCUGGCAAACCAACCACGUUUGCAACGGUUACAGCCAAGGGAAAGACCAAGGUGAUAUUUGCACUUCCUGGAAACCCUGCUUCUGCCAGUGUUUGUUAUCACGUAUUUGUUCUUCCCUCAUUGCUGCUGAACUCGGGUUCGAAGCCGGUUGGUGAUGAGAUAUUGCCACAGCUCCCGCUUGUCAAGGUAAAGCUUGCCGCGUCUACUCGAUUGGAUCCAAGACCCGAGUACCAAAGGGCUCGUGUUACUCAAAUCGCCACAAACGGGGUUUACGAGCUAGUAGCUACGGUCACAGGAUUUCAGAGAAGUAGUCGUAUUGCCAGUUUUGCAACUGCAAAUGCCAUUCUCGUGCUUCCUUCCAGCGCCGGGCGGUCUCCGCAGUACGAGGCCGGCACUCUUUGCGAUGCCUUGUUGUUGGGUCCGGUAGAUAUUGUGUAG